AUGAGUGUCAGAGAAGUGGUGAAGUUAUCCCGUGGUUUACCCAACGUGACUGACAUCCUGAGAGACUCUAUGAUCUCCCAAACGUAUGCAGACGUGAUCCUUUGUUGCACAGGAGGUCAGAGAUUUUCUGCUCAUCGAUUAGUGUUGUCGGCAGCAAGUCCCUACCUUCAGAGGGUCUUGUCAGCGCAUGGCAAUACUGCCUGUCUUUACGAACCAAUUACCGUAAUUCUUCCUGACGUAGAGGGUAAUGAUUUGGCGGCGGUAUUGGGAUUCAUCUACACAGGAUACACUGCAGUGUCGGGGGACAGAUUAGAGGCAUUCUCGAGUACCGCAGAAGCUCUCAAUAUAAAAAUACCACCGCUUCCACGACCAUUAUCGUUGUCUCGUGAUGAAAUUAGUUUGUCGACAGGUGGAACAGGAAAAUGGGAAAAAUAUCAUGACAAUGUUGGAAUUAAUAUGACAAAGAACAAGUUGAAUGAGGAAGAGUGCUACCAGGGAGUUGUGCAUCGGAUGCCACCACAGUGCUCUGAGGAAGAACUCUACGAAAAUGAUUGUUUGAAUUUAGAGAAAAAAAAUUGUUAUGGAUUUCGGGAAAAAAGACGACCAAGAUUUUACGUCGCUAAUCGUGCCUCGGCUUCGCCGUGGUGUCAGAUCCUGCAGCCACAUCAUUUAUCCAAAAAUCAUGUAGCUCAAGAUGGAAAUAUAAUUCAGACAGAAGAAGUAGAAUCCCUCCACCCUGAGAACCCAACUAAUCACCCACCUACCGACCGAAGUAGGCUAUCAUAUUCCUCACCACCACAUCAUCAACUUCCUCCAGCCAUUGAAGUGUGCCCUCAAACCACUUCACCAUCUAGCCCUACAGCAGCGAAUCAGAAAAUAAUCAGUGGCCGACCACGAAAGGAUGUAUCAUUGAUCGGCUUGCUGGGGGAGCCGGUAUUUUCCAGUACAAAUAUCAGCACGCCCAUUGAAACCAGCGAUGCAAGACCCGAGGUAUCUCACAAUAAUUUUGAUAAUACAAAUCAGAGCCAGUUCACAUGUAAAAUUUGUGACAAGAACUUCGAGAGUCGAGCAUCGCUCAAGGUUCACACACGCCUGCACUCAUUACCAGGGGAAAAGCCAUUUCGCUGCAAAGACUGUGGAAAAGGAUUUUCUCAGCUACGAAACUACAAAUACCACAGGAGUAUUCACGAGGGCACUGGGGAAUUCUCCACGACGUGUCCCGAAUGUGGAAAAAGCUUCAACGAUCGAAGUUACUUGGGGUCUCACAUGAAGAUCCACAGAAACAGAAAGGAGUACAGCUGCGGAGAGUGUGGUAAGGGAUUUAAUCAGCGUGUGGCGUAUAAUAUGCACGUGAGGAUCCACAGUGGUAUCAAGCCCCACCAGUGUGAGGAAUGUGGCAAGGCUUUUUCUAGAAAAAUGCUCCUCAAACAGCACUUCAGGAUCCAUUCGGGCGAGAGACCCUAUCAAUGUAACAUAUGUCAAAAGGCAUUUGCCGAUCGAUCUAAUAUGACACUUCAUACGCGACUCCAUUCGGGAUUGAAACCGUACAAAUGUGAUAUUUGUUCAAAGGCCUUCACCAAGAAGCAUCACCUGAAGACCCAUCUGAACUAUCAUGCUGGAGUUAAACCGUACUCCUGUCCUAACUGUUCACUAGCGUUCUCCCAGAGCAGCAACAUGAGAACGCAUUUCAAGAGAUGCUCGGUUAAUAGUCAAUCUGUAAAUAAUUCACAGAGUGGCGAACGACCGCUUCGCGCCCGCUGCUAG